CUGACAGACACCAGCAGCAGACAUGAUGCAGGAAACUUAACCAAUGCAGCAUUCACUCACUCACAGUACAGGCCUUACAUUCACUCUCAUGAAGUUUGCUUGGUUUCCACUGUUAAACAUCCAGUGUUUGCGCCUCCAGAGAUGCCCGUCUGCCUCCGCUGCUCUGCCUGCCUCUGCCCGGUAUGAGCAUCCUCCUCCUACCGCACCAUCCCAGCGCAUCCCGCUAGACUGAAGCCGGCCUCGCCAUGGCCAGAUCCGCGGACAGGAGCGCGGAGGACGGGGAGUCGCGGGCCGGGAUCAGGGAGCUGUCUCUGGAGGAGGUGCUGAAGUCCUACGAGCAGCCCAUCAAUGAGGAGCAGGCGUGGGCGGUGUGCUUCCAGUGCUGCGGGGACCUGAGAGCGCCGCGCCCGCAGCCGCAGCCCCAUCCCCGGCGCCCGGUGCUCCAGAUCCGCGACCCGGCCUCCAUCAUCCUGCACAGGGACGGAAGAGUCACCGCGCUUCUGCAGAGCUGCGAUGACAGUAAUCCUGACUCUGUUUCUGCUGCUGAUGGAAAGCUGGUUCAGUCGCUGGGAGUGGCCAUCUACCGCGCUCUGGACUGGGGUCUGGACGACAGCGAGGAGCGGGAGUUGAGUCCUCAGCUUGAGCAACUCAUCGAGUUCAUGGUCGGCGGUCCAGACUGUGGAGAAUCCAAACACUGUGGCAGUAAUGCAGCUAAAGACGAGGGUUACAGUGGACAAGAUGAGGAGGAGGAUGAAGAAGAAGGCGCAGUGCAUGGCAUUCAUACGGUCCAGCAGGUGAUGAAAAUGUGUGCCUGCAGAUUGGCGAAUCCAGUGUUGGCACCAGAGCACUACCAGGCUGUAUGCCGAGCACUUUUCCUGGAGACCCUGGAGCUGCAGACCUUCCUCAGCAGGAUCAGAGACGCCAAAGAGAUGCUGAAGAAGAUCAGAAAGGAGGAGCCACAGGAGGAUUCUGCUGCUGAGCUCGAUGCUCUUCAACACACUGACUGGGCUCGGCUGUGGGUCCAGCUGAUGAAGGAGCUGCGGCAGGGGGUGAAGCUGAAGAAGGUGGAGGAGCAGCCGUUUAAUCCUCUGCCCACCGAGUUCAGCCUCACGCCCUUCGAGAUGCUCAUGCAGGACAUCCGUUUGCGCAAAUAUAAACUGCGCAAAGUUGUGGUCGAUGGAAAUAUUCCCACGUGUGUUAAACGAAACGCUCACGAGCUCAUCUUGGACUUUAUCAGAUCGAGACCUCCUCUAAAACCAGUGUCCGAGCGCAGUCUUCCUCCUCCACCCCAGCGGCCGCAGUCUCUCCAUGACCGAGUCCUGGCUGAAAUCAGACAAGAUCACAAACUGAGGCCUGUGGAGCUGCCCAGUUCAAAGAGAUCAUUCGGCUCGUUACCGUGUCUGGCUCACACCUGCCAAUGUGACGUCAAAUCCACUUCUUGCAUUGACCUGUCUGUCACAGGAGCCGGGUCCCGCCCACCGUCCCGCAUCCGAGUUCUUCUGAAAGCUCCAACGCUGGCCGAAAUGGAGGAGAUGAAUAUAUUUGAGGAUGAGGAUUCUCCAGACGGUGUGGAUAUGCGGCGGGUGGAGAGCUCUCCGACACCCCUGAAGAGAGAUCGCUCCUUUUCUGAGCACGACCUGGACGAGCUGCGAGGGGAAGUGAUGUCAGACUCGCCUCAGCACAUCGGUGUGGCGGCGUUCAGAGGAGAGAGACCACGAUCACACACGCUGACCGGGGUUUAUCAAGCCUCAUUCCCAGGGUUCGACCGAAGGUCUGCGUCCACAUGCCGCUCUCUCAGCUCAGAUGACAGAAGCAGCGAUGAUCCAGGAGGAGCUGCAGCGGCUCAUGGGCUCUCCAGACACCAGUGGAUGGAGGAAUUCUGUCAUCCGGUGGAAACUCUGGCGCUAACGGUGGAUGAGGUCAUCAAUGUGCGCCGGAUACUGGUCAAGGCCGAGAUGGAGAAAUACAUGCAGAACAAAGAGCUUUUUAGCAAUCUGAAGAAGGGCAAGAUUUGCUGCUGUUGCCGAGUAAAGUUCCCGCUGUUUUCUUGGCCGUCCACCUGCCUCCUGUGUAAAAGGUCCGUCUGUAGCUCUUGUAGUGCAAAGAUGAAGAUUCCCUACAAAAAGAUGGCCCACAUUCCAGUGUACACUGUGGGAUUUCACAGCAGCACGAAGAGCCACAAAAGUGAAGUCUAUAAGUCUCUGUGCUCUCUCUCCAGACACUCAGUGGAAGAAGAGUUUCCUCACCUGUACGCCGCAGGCUGCAACCUCAGAGACGUUUGCUCCGACUGCACCAGGUUUGUGGCCGAUGUCAUUUCCUCCAGUCGCAGGAGCCUGGACAUCAUCAACAACACACCCACACGAAACAAACGGACACCCGCCACACACUCGCAGCCUGCGUCACAUCCAUACACUUCCUGUAGGAUGAGUAAGUGAAUGUACGGACAGAUGUCUGGAUCGCAGCAUUAACAGAUUUGACCGCUGUUUACUCUUAGAAAUGUUUGCCAGUGUUAAGGCCUGUUCACAACGUGGUAUGGAAGCCUGUUUACACCACGGGGUUAUA